ACAUUUCAAUUUCACACGCCGUAAUCCGACGAAAACGUGCGUUUGUUUUCAUGAUCUCAUCCAUAUAUACGCGUUAAAAAUGGUGCGAAAACUAAAAUUUCACGAGCAGAAAUUGCUCAAGAAAGUAGAUUUUAUAUCAUGGAAAGUGGACAAUAACUUGAACGAGGUGAAAGUGAUGAAGAAAUACUAUGUUCAGAAACGAGAAGAUUACACAAAGUAUAACAAGCUUUCUCGUGAAAUCCGCGAGUUAGCAAACAAAAUUAAGGACCUGGACGCAACGACGGAGUUUCGCACAGAGGCGAGCGCGCAGUUACUAGAGAAGCUGUACCAGAUGGGGCUGAUUCCGACGCGCUGGGACCUAGCGCUCGCGAUCAACGUGUCCGCGAGCUCCUUCUGCCGGCGACGGCUGCCUGUCGUCAUGUGUAGAAGUAAAAUGUCACAAAACCUGAAAGAGGCCACAAAGCUGAUCGAGCAGGGGCAUGUGCGUGUAGGCCCUGAGGUAGUGAAGGACCCCGCAUUCCUGGUCAACCGGUCGCUGGAGGACUUUGUCACAUGGGUUGACGGCUCGGCUAUCAAGCGGCAUGUUAUGGAGUAUAAUGAAAUGCGGGAUGACUUCGAUCUACUCUGAGGAUACUACAAGCGAGGACAAGAUAUUCUUAGGAUAUAAUGAAUUAUUACUAAUAUAGCUAUUAGAUACAUGAACAAUAUAUAGGCUGGAAUUCCUUAAUGGGUCAGUGAGAGUAGCUACCAGAUCCCGUGCUACGCGAAAACGGUCUUAGAAGACCUUCCCUCGAUUUCAAAUGAAUGAAGAUUUUAUUUUUAUUUAUUUACCAACUUACAUUUACAGUUAAACCAGACAUGCAAGUUACGGAAGAUUGUCAAUAUAGAUUUUGGCAAAAACGUACAGGUUGCGAGAAAAAGGUCAUUUUGACUAACUUUUUUUUUAUGUCAAUAGAUCCCAUUCCUAUGCAGGAUCAAAAGCUUGUAUGGGACCAAAAAAAAUAAACGGCUAGAAAAACCACAAAUGUAGGAAAUUUUCUCAUACAAUUUGUUAGAGAAUGAGUACUUUUAUUUUUAACGAGCUAUUUUUUUAUGCCAAUCGAUUCCAUUCCUAUCCAGUAUCAACAGUUUCCUAGGGGUCAACUUAAGGUAAUGUACUAAAAAGCCACAAAUGAAAUAAAACUUGUUUCAUACAUUUACUAUGGAGAAAACGUGAAGUUUUAUUCACAUUUUUCCUGUCCAAUCAGUCCUGUUACAUUUAAGGACCACAAUACUGUAUGAAGACAUUACAGUAACAACAUUCAAAAUAUCAAAAAAUGGGGGAAAAAGUUUAAGUUGACCCCUAGGAAACUAUUCAUACUGGAGAGGAAUAUAAUCGAUUGGCAUAAAACAUAGCUUGUGAAAAAUAAGUUUUCAUUUCCAUACAACUUGUACGGGAAAAGUUUUCCUCGAUUUGUGGCUUUCCUAGCAGUUUAUAUUUUUUUGGUCCUAUACAAGCUUUUGAUCCUGGAUAGGAAUGGGAUCGAUUGGCAUCAAAAAAAAGUAUGUCAAAAUUGACCUUUUUCUCGCAUCCUGUGUUUUUCCAAAAUUGUAAACGCCAAUUUUCAUUAAUUUGAAAUCGAGGGAAUGCAAUACCCAUUAUGAAAUUACACCCUGUAUAGAUAUAUUUUAAGGUAUUGUGUGAAUGUGAAUGAAAAGGUUUAGGUCAUACCUUCAUGGUAUAUGUUGACAAUAUUGAUAUCUAAGAAUUUGAAUUUAUCAAAAAUAAUAUAAUGACGAAAAAACUAUUUUCAUUUCUUAUACCAUUUAAGUUGGCCGUUGUUGUCCUAAAAAGUGUGCAGAAAAUUAUACGUUUCUGGUCUAGAGCACUAUGCUCUAUAAGAACGUUAUUUUUAUAAGCAAUUAAAAUUUUGCUUUUAAAUAUAUUUACAGUACAUAUGGUGCUACUUUACCGCACUAGUGCAAAAAUAAGCAUAUUACGAUACUGUGUCGAACAUUUAAAGGGCCAUAUGUACUGUAAAACGUUGUACGAUACAUGUGCGAAUAGGUAAUUCGCAACUUGUGUCGAUCUAAAACCCUCCCUUCGGUCGUGUUUUAAUAUAUCGCCACUCGUUUCGAAUUUCCUAUUUUUCGCACUUGUAUCGUAAUGUACUAUUGUUGUACAAAUUCCAUUCUGAUAACUCCCCAUUCCAUAAAUAACGAUAUUUUAACCUAAAUCUUCAUUAGAAGUACCCUCAAGAAAUACGAUGUACUUACUACUUUAUUAUACUUAGCCGUGUUUUUUUAAUGCACAUGUAUUUUACUUUCCUCGUAUCCAAAAUGAAAAGUAGAGUUAACUCAGGUGAAAGAAACCAUUUCAGUCUCGGACUAUUGACGCUCUCACUGCUUCCGAGCCAAACUACCACGGAAAAUGGUGUCUUUCACGCCUUAGUUAACAAUCUACUAUUAAUACUUCUAAUCAAUAAAGUAUUACUUUCGGGAAAUACUAUAGGAUAUCCUUCAGAGUUGAGAUUAAAUAAAAUUCCGGAGAAAAACGUUUUUUUUUUUCGGGAAUUUUACCAAAUUUCCUUUUUUUAAGUUCUUUCCUGUUUUAUUCAGAAAAAUUGAACACGUCAUACACAAUGCCACUGAUAAGUGACGACAGUGUCUUCUUCUUCACUGGCUCAGUGACCCAAACAGGAUCUUGGCCUCUGACACAAGAGAGCGCCACUCUGCCCUAUCCUGCGCCACGUCACGCCAGUUGGGUGUUCCGAGGGCGAACAGGUCUUUUAGGACAGGGAAAAUGCCAGAAACUAACACAUUAGACGUGCAACCUUCCUGUUUAAAUUCCCAAUUAAAUUCAUAUGGAAAAAUACAGAAGUUUUAAAAAACUUGUUUUUUUUCGGCUUAACUGAAAUCUGCAUUGUUUUUUUCGAAAGAAACUUGAACAAAAAAGGAGUCGUUUGGAAAUAAUCCCGUAUAUUUCCGGGUUUUCGAAGUUUUACCUCUAGCGUCCCGCAGUCCCAGUACAGUCGCCAUCAGAUAUAUCGGAACGGCCAAGGCGCUCACAAAUAUCUGAACACGCCUCUAUUGUCACGGCGUUAGAGUGCGUGUUCAGACAUUUUUGAGCACCUCGGCCGCUCCGAUAUAUCUGAUGCCGACUGUACAAAUAAUCUACAAUUAAAUUUAGAUAUUAUUACAUGAACCAGGGUUGUUUUUGAUUUGUAUACACGGGGUCACAUGAGGAAUCCAAAAUAUUUUAACCACGCACCGAGUCCAAAAGAAGAAAAAAUGUUAUACAGUCAGCAUCAAUAGUAGCGGAUGAAACAACGCGCCAAAAGUACCUGACAUCCCAGAUAACUUUUCCAAAUAUAGAUUAAUUUCCAAAAUUCACGUUAAAAAGUAUAUCUUUUACAGUCCUAGUUGUUCUAUAUUAAAGACAUCACUUUUUGUUAAGCUGUUACAGAAUGGAAGAUACUUAUGAAGCGUUAUUUGAUACGUUACUUUUGAUGCUGACUGUACUUAUGAGUAAGUAAAUAUAGACAAUUUUUUUUUUUUUUUUCAAAUUUUUGAAUGUAUUUAUAAACUGACUCUUAUAAAGAGAUGUUCUUAUGAUGACCUAUACCUAUAACCUUAAUAGAGAAUGCAAAUAAAAAAAUUAAAAACGAAA